UUCUCUUCCGGAAGUGGAGAGUCGUUUUCCUCCCGUCGAAGGUUCGGUGAGGCGUUGGAGAGCUGCGCAGCACAACUUCUGCUACAGGACUCGGCAGGAAGAGCGCCAUGGUUUGCAUUCCGUGCAUCGUCAUUCCAGUCCUGCUGUGGGUCUAUAAAAGGUUCUUGGAGCCGUAUCUCUACCCCAUCAUCUCUCCUUUCAUCAAGCGCCUGUGGCCCAAGAAAGCAGUACAGGGAGGGACAGCAAAGCAAGACCAAAAGGGCAGCUUUGGGGGUGAACGUGAGUCACUGGCCACAUACGAGUCUUCCACGGAUGAGGCUGAGCUUUCUAAAACCAAAAGCAAUGGAAUAGCAAACGGAUAUACCAGAAAUGAGCCUACUGAGGUGUCUGACAAAAAGAUGGAUUAAAGAAGCGUGUGCUGUGGAGUGUAAAUGGCUGCUGCAGGGAAUAAACCGUUGAUGCUGUUUCCACUUGGAAAAAUGUUGUUGCACUUUUACCGGAAUGGAAACUUAAGACACUCGACCCCCGUACCCUUUGGAAGAUUUACCAAAAUCCUGUAUCUAGAUAGCUGAGAGAGAAAAAAGUUCUAAUGUAUUGAUUGCUCUGUUUCUCUUUAACAUUCCCUUGGCUGGAAUUUUCUCCAGUGCAGUGGUUUGGUGGUAGAGAUUUUAGGGUCGAGGUUUUCCUAACUGCUGUGGUUUGUCAAUCUUGCCAUGUGUUUGUUUAACCAACUCCCCUGAAACUCUUCUUCCAGGAUGGUUCUUUUACACUUUUCUUGUGCAAGGUGGUCAAACAGAGCAGGCCUGUAAAUAGUCAAAGCUUAAUAAUAUAUUAAUAAAUGGUAAAUUCA